UGGAUCCAAAGUAUCUAGGAGCCAUUCUGUAAUCUAUUUAAUAUCUUGCCAUUGGCAAAUAUUUUAAGCUUCUUUAACUGCUGCUAAAGAGUUCAUAACUUGUCUAAGAGAUGUAAAGUUGGUUGAAUCAUUGGAGGAUACCUCAAUAAAUCCUGUUGAGAAAGUGGAAGUGGUGCCAAAAAACUACCAUGGAUUGGAAGAUGAAUGUGUUCAUCUGGGACAUGGAUGAGACACUAAUACUGCUAAAGUCACUGUUGAAUAGUACAUAUGCAGAGGCUUUUAAUGGUUCAAAGGACAUAGAAAAGGGUAUAGCAAUUGGGAAAAUGUGGGAGGAACACAUUCUGCGGGUCUGUGAUGAUUAUUUCUUUUAUGAAGAAAUUGAAGAUUACAAUAAGCCAUUUCUUGAUGCGUUAAGUGAAUAUGAUGAUGGGCGGGAUCUAUCUGAUUAUGAUUUUGCCAAGGACGAAUUUAGUCCUCCUAAUGAUGAUCCUAACAGAAGGAAACUAGCAUACCGGCAUCGUUUCAUAGCUGAUAAGUACACACAGGGUUUGCAUAACGUUCUUGAUCAAGAGGUGAUACAGCGCUGGGACAAUCUGUAUGAUAUGACUGACAGUUACACAGAUAGAUGGCUCUCCUCAGCACGGACCUUCUUGGAACAGUGUUCAGGAGAAAACAAAAGCUUGGCUCCUCAUGUUGCCUCAUCUAACAUCUCUACUGGUACAGGAUACAAGAACAUUAAUGUUUUAGUCACUUCUGGAUCACUUAUACCCAGCCUUGUCAAGUGUUUGCUGUUUCGGCUGGAUGAUUUAAUUACACAUACAAAUGUCUACAGUUCAUGGGAAGUUGGAAAGCUCCAAUGCUUUUCAUGGAUCAAGGAGCGUUUCAGUGGACCAAAUGUCAGGUUCUGUGUGAUUGGUGAUGGAUGGGAAGAAUGUGAAGCUGCACAGACAAUGGCAUGGCCAUUUGUUAAAAUUGAUCCACAACCUGUGGGUUUUCACAGGUUUCCAGGCCUUACAAUGAAAACAAUCGGCCACUAUCUUGAUGUUGUGUAUGGUGUUCCAAAAAAUGAUCAUGAAGAGUAAGUUGCAACACCAACUCCAAGCUCUCAUCUUUCAGUGUUUUAUGUCUGAUUAUGUGUAAAGAUACAUUUUUAUGUUGGCAUUCCAUUAGAAGUGCAUAGAACUAUCUCGAUCUACGGGUUGAUGGCCUACCAAUACUUAUUGUUAACUGAUGCAUAUGCUCUUCGUUGGCCCUAGUUCAAGAGCCGUCUCCUAACAGUUUGAUUGGUUUGAAGCAAAA